UUGGUCAGUGUAACUGGACAUUAGCUGUUAAUGGUCAGCUGGUCUUGAGAGCCCAACAGUAACAGGCACAUGGUGUAAGACAAGGCAUUCUAGCCUGUUCCUAAAGCCUGACUUAUUCACUCAUUGGAAUAACUCCUCACACCUGCUACACAAAAAGGAUCACCAGUUCGUCCAGUUGUGUGGAAAAUUCUAUUUCUUGUGUUAGUGCUACAGAGCAUGGACGAUGCAUAGUUCAUACGACCUCACGAUGCAAACCCGGGACGCCGGGGAACGUCCCUUUAAAUCCUUCCCUCACCACCCAUCUGCCCAGAUUCCCACGACCUUCUAUGGCGGUCAUAUGAGCAACCCCUUCUCAAACUCAGGCUACAUGUCCCAGACUCCUUCUAGUUGUGGUAUGCAGCUUCCAAUCAGUUCAGCACACGAUCUAAGUAACGGCCAGAACCUGUCAUCAUGCAGUGGGGGUCAAGGUCUUCAGAUGUCACACGGAUCCUCAGACCCUACCCAAGGACUACAUGGUAUGGGUUUGCCAUUGAUGGCAAAGUCUGAAAAGAUGGAGCAAGAUCCGUUUGGAAAUGGAAGCAAUGUUUCUCCAAAUGCAUCUUCAAGUUCAAUAACCUCCGGCUCAAGUCCGUCACAUUCAAAUCUUGAUGACCUCAAAGAUGAUGAUGGCUCCUUCAAAAUGCCCCCAAAGAAACGGCCCCUGAAUGUACCAGAUACACAGAAAGAUGCUCUUUACUGGGAGAAACGGAAGAAGAACAAUGACUCGGCAAAACGAUCUCGUGAAGCUCGGCGUAUGAAAGAAGAACAGAUUGCAUUGAGAGUUGUCUACCUUGAACAAGAAAAUCUACAACUUCGUACUGAGGUUUCACUGCUAAAGAGUGAAAUUGAGAAGCUACGAUGUAUGUUGUAUAAUGGAUGACAUUAGAAUUGAGCCAAGAGUGACAUAUUUGAAAAGUGGCAACGUGCAUAGGACAGCAUUGACAGCAUAAACAGCCACAUAAAUACAAACCAUCUGUGGAUGGAAAACGAGAUUGACUCAAGAAAUCAAGUGUUGCUGAAAUUGACAUCAGUAUUGAGCACAGAUCUUCAAGAUUUGUGAAUUGUUGAGACUAUCAAUGCAAAACCCAAAACUCAGGAAUAAUUCCAAGAUUUGUUAAAUGUCCAUCAUUCUCUAUUUUCUGUACUACACGAAUGUUUUCUGAAAUAUAUAACCUACUACCUCAGUCAUUCCUAUAUGAAUGUUUGCAAUGUGUGUAUGGAAGCUGAAAUGUACGUGUUUUGAAAUGGACAACUGCUCAUGUGUGCUUGUGGUUUAAAUGAUGUAUAAAUUUUCAUCUAAUCUAGACUUAUUUUAUGAAUCUUGUGCAUUUUGUUUUAACUGCAUGGAAAUGAAGAUUGGUUUGCAUAUUUAUCAACCUUAGCAAAAUAUGAAAUACUAAUUUCAUAACAACAAUUUGUUUGAUAGGACACAGAGUUUAUUUAUCAUUUAAAAGAUGACAUUUGUGAACAGUAAGUCUGCUGAAAGUGCUAAUAUAUGUUUGGAACAUGUUAUUAAUUUUAUUACAAUCUUGAAAAAUGAAUGCAUUUAUGUAAUAUCAAAUCAUGAAGAAUAAAUAACUAACUGGAUAGGAUUAAUUAAAACUCAGUAAUGAAUCAUGAAAUUAAAACUAAAUACCAAAUAAGCAUCACAAUUAAUGUUUUACCAAUACUGCCAACAAUUACCAUUUGUACUAGAAGAAUUAUUACUUGUUUAAGCAAUACUACUUAAGUUUCUUAUUGAAGGUGAAAAAGUUCAUCUUAUUACGCUAUGGUGUUAGAACAUUAGAAUACAAUUCUAGUGAGUUUUAGAUGGGACUUUAUUGUGAUGCAAAUGUAGGAAGAAUUGUUAUAGACAUCUACAUUUGUCUGUGUUUCUGUUCAGGUUUUGACAUGAAUUUGCAUGUUUGCUUGAAAUAAAACUUUUAUGCAUA